AUGUCAAUGGUUUCUCCAUCUUCAAGAACUCAAACGUCACCGCGCUCGUACUCCUCAGCGUUUGCGUCCACGUCGGCGACGAAUUUCUCUCCCGGAAUAUACUCCUCCGCGAACUCCAGAGUGCAGCGCCACCUUCCAUCAUCUUCAUCAUCGUCGUCGGUGAGAUUCUUGGCAGUGGAGCAGAGUGCGGAGUCUUCGGUGCGGCGCUCAAUGACGGUGGCAACGACGAGUCAGACGAAGAAGGAGGCGGCAUCCUCGUCGUCGUCGUCGUCGUCAAAGAGUGAGAGCGAGAAGAGGAAGUGCAUGUGUUCUCCAACCAUGCAUCCUGGUUCGUUCCGAUGCGCGUACCACAAACAGUUAGCGGAGAGGCAGCAGCAGCAACAGCAGCAACAGGAGAAGCAACAGGAGAAGCAACAGCAUCAGCGGCAGCAACAGGAGAAGCAACAGUAUCAGCGGCAGCAGCAGCAAACGACGUCGUUGAGCAGUAGAAAACUGAACCUUCUGAGAUCUGCGAUGAAGAAUUCGGUUGUGAGGAGGAUUGGAGGAGUGGACGGAGAGAUUGUGCGGAGAGCCUUGACGACUCUGGUUAGACCGUCGUCGCACUACUUGCAUCGCCGUGUGGCCUUUCAGCCCAGGCCCACUCGCCUCUCCCUCAUGUCCAAAGCCCAAGACCAAUCGAUUCUCAAUAAUAAACAAUAA